GUGGUUUCCGAAGUCGACAUAGCUCAGUGUCAACUACUAAAUGAAAUACGCGAUAAGAUAAAGCACUUUACUCCAGUUGAAAUAGCAAAAGAAAUUGAUAUGAAUAUCAACCCAAAAAAGGCGCCUGGGUACGACCAGAUUAACCCAAAAUCCUGAGAGUUAUCUAAAAAAGCUAUGAUUCAUCUAACACACAUAUUCAAUGCCAUCCUACGUAUGGAAUACGUUCCUAAACAAUGGAAACGAGCCUAAGUGAUCAUGGUACUUAAACCAGGAAAACCACCAGAAUAAGUUAUUUCAUAUAGACCAAUUUCGCUUCUUCCAAGUAUCUCAAAAUUAUUCGAAAAACUACUUCUAAAACGCUUAAAACCGUUGAUAGAAAAAGAACAGCUUAGACCAGAACAUCAGUUUGGAUUUCGAAAUACACUCAACAAUUGACCAGAUCCAUCGUGUCAUUAACGUAAUAAGCAAAGCGUUUGAAGAGAAAAAGUAUUGCUGCGGAGUAUUCAUUGACGUGGCACAAGCUUUCGAUAAAGUUUGGCACAAAGGAUUACUUAUAAAACUACGUGAACAGCUGCCACACACAUGAUACGCACUUUUCGAAUCCUACAUGACUGAACGUCUAUUCAUUCAUGAAGAAGUAUUAACUGAUUGGAAAAACAUAUCGGCGGGUGUACCACAGGAAAGCGUCCUUGGACCAAUCCUGUACUUACUUUAUAUAGCGGACAUUCCAACCAACAACUGUUCAAUGACAGCCAUGCUUACUGAUGACACGGCAAUAAUGACAACAAAUGAAGACCAGCAGACUGCGACUGAUUGGUUUCAAAGGUCUAUGAACAACGUUUCCAACUGCCGUCUCAAACGUCGAAGACCAUAUGACUUAAUAUAAGAUUCUUAGACUAAGACCGGGGCCGCUCCACUGGAAGUGAGAUUCCACACAUGUUUAUUUUAUUUUUUACUUUUGUAUAUAAAUACAUCACAAGUAUUUAUGUACACAUUUGAUAAUGUAUUGUUAAAGAUUUAUUUUGAUCGUUACAAUAAAAACUUUCAGGCGGUUUAGAAAAAAAAAAUUAUAUUCUAUAAUAUGC